UAUCCUCCCACCGCUGCAGAGAUUCGCCUAGUUUACCUCUAGCGGCUAUCUCCAGUGCUCUGGCUGAAGUUCUCCUAAUGACAGUUCUAUUAAUUACUGAGCAGAACACUGUUCUUUAUAAAGAGUUAUUGGGUGGAAUGUCUGUUUUAUUUUGUCCAGAAGCCUUUCCUGUGUGUACUGCAAAUGUUAAUGCGAGUCUUUUGCGUGAAAACAUACUCCGUGCUAACGGAUUUGGAUCAAGCAUUUAAAAUAUAUAUUUUUUUCUGCAAGCCAGCGAUGAAGUUUUGAAGUGCGAAAAGCACGUCAACGGCUCUUGACUGACCGUGGGUGAAUGCUGCUGGGUUAGUCCUAACAGGGUAACUGAAUUUCUAUAUUGUUGCGAACGAUAAUGGGGAACUUCGCUGUAUCACGCAACGCACACGAAUAUUGGAUGCAACCCGCGUAACGGUAAUUGACUGAAUAAACUGUAAAACCAGUUGCAUUCAUUGUCUUCGCUGGGUUUCCAAGGAAGUGUUUGUGGUUCUGGCUGCAUUUGUGCCGUCUUGCUCAUCGCUCAUCGUUCAGCCCUGUGCGCCCAGUCUUGGAGGAAUUAUGCUUCAAAACUGAGAAAAGUCCAAAGACAGAAUGACUUAUUGCGGCUUCCGCGAAUCUUCCAUUUCUUUAUGUAUAAUAGCUUAAUGUUUAACAUUUUUGCCUUACAAAUAUGAUGAAAUGGCAGCCCCGGAAGAAGGCAUACUUCCGACAGGGUGUUGCCCUCCAGUAUCUGGGCCGCCAUGCAGACGCGCUGGCUGCCUUUGCCUCAGGCCUGGCUCAGGACCCCAAGAGCCUGCAGCUGCUGGUGGGCAUGGUGGAAGCUGUCAUGAAGUCCCCUCUGCGAGAGUCGGUGCAGCCCACCUAUCAACAGCUGCAGAAGAUGAAGCUGGAGCGAAGCCCGUUCGUGGUGGUGUCGGUGAUCGGUCAGGAGCUGCUCUCUGCGGGUCACCACGGAGCCUCUGUGGUGGUGCUGGAGGCCGCACUGAAGAUCGGCACCUGCAGCCUGAAGCUUCGUGGCUCUGUCUUCUCGGCCCUGAGCAGUGCCCACUGGUUGCUGGGCAACACAGAGAAGAGCAUGAGCUACAUGCAGCAAGACCUGGAGGUCGCCAAGACUUUAGGUGACCAAACUGGAGAAUGCCGUUCCCAUGGGAACCUGGGGUCAGCAUUCUUCUCCAAGGGAAACUAUCGUGAAUCCCUCUCCAAUCACCGCAACCAGCUAGUGCUAGCCAUGAGCCUCAAAGACCGAGAGGCUGCCUCCGUGUCUCUCUGCAGCCUGGGCCAUGUCUACACAGCCAUCGGUGACUACCCUAAUGCCCUUGCCAGCCACAAGCAGGGUGUCUUGCUGGCCAAACAGUCUAAGGACCAGCUGUCAGAGGCACGGGAGCUGGGUAAUAUGGGUGCUGUCUACAUCGCUAUGGGCGACUUUGACAAUGCUGUCCAGUGCCAUGAGCAGCACCUCAGCAUCGCCAAGGAUCUGGAAAACAAACGUGAGGAGGCCCGGGCGUACAGCAACUUGGGGAGUGCUUACCAUUAUCACAGGAACUUUGACAAGGCCAUGUCCUACCACACACGUGUCCUGGAACUAGCUCAGGAUCUUACUGAGAAGUCCAUAGAGAUGAGGGCCUACGCUGGGUUGGGCCAUGCCGCUCGCUGCAUGCAGGACCUGGAGCGAGCCAAGCAGUACCAUGAGCAACAGCUGAGCAUCGCGGAUCUGCUGAAGGAUAGAUCCGCCGAGGGCAGAGCCUCAUCCAAUCUGGGUAUCAUCCACCAAAUGAAAGGCGACUUCGAAACUGCACUGAAGCUCCACAAAACCCACCUUACUAUCGCUCAGGAGCUGAAUGACUAUGCUGCCCAGGGUCGUGCUUAUGGCAACAUGGGUAAUGCCUACAACGCCCUGGGAGUAUUUGACCAGGCUGUCCGCUACCAUCGGCAGGAGCUCCAGAUUUCCAUGGAGGUCAAUGAUCGGGCCUCGCAGGCAUCUACACAUGGAAACCUGGCUGUAGCCUACCAGGCCCUGGGUGCUCAUGACCGUGCCCUGCAGCACUACCAGAACCAUCUCAACAUCGCCCGUGAGCUGCGGGAUGUUCCGAGUGAAGCUCGGGCGUUGGGCAACCUGGGCAAUUUCCACUGUUCCAGAGGCGAGUUUGCUCAGUCUGUGCCCUGCUAUGAACAGUACCUUCAACUCUCCCCAGACCUACAGGACAUGGAGAGUGAGGGGAAAGUCUGUCACAAUUUGGGAUAUGCACACUACUGCCUUGGUAACUACCAGGAUGCUGUGAAAUGCUAUGAACAAGAUCUGGCCCUGGCUAAGGACCUUCAUGACAAAUUAAGCCAAGCCAAGGCCUACUGCAAUCUGGGAUUGGCAUUUAAGGCACUGGGAGACUUUACUAAAGCAGAGGAGUGCCAGAAAUACCUGCUCUCUCUGGCACAGUCACUGGAGAACUCCAAGGCCAGGUUUCGUGCCCUGGGGAACUUAGGAGAUAUUCAUAUUUGUAAGAAGGACAUGACCGGAGCAGUGCAGUUCUAUGAACAACAGUUGGAACUUGCCAACCAGAUGGAAGACCGAAAAUUGGAAGCCUGUGCUUAUGCUGCCCUCGGUGCUGUUUGCCGGCUGAUGAAGAAAUAUGAAGAGGCAUUAUCAUACCAUGCUAAAGAGCUUGAGAUAUUCCAGGAACUGACUCAUGUACCGGGCCAAAGCAAAGGCCACGGGCACUUGGCCGCUGUGUACAUGGCACUGGGGAAGUACAGCGCCGCCUUCAAGUGCUAUGAAGCACAGCUCCAGCUCAGCAGGCAAAUGAGGGAUCCUGGCAUCGAGGCACAGGUUUAUGGCAACAUGGGCAUCACCAAGAUGAACGUGGGGGCCAUGGAGGAGGCCAUUGGAUAUUUGGAGCAGCAGCUGGCUAUGCUGCAGCAGCUGAGCGGCAACGAAUCAGUGCUGGACCGCGGACGAGCUUUCGGCAACUUGGGUGAUUGUUAUCACCUGCUAGGCGACUAUGAAGAAGCUGUGAAAUACUAUGAAAGGUAUUUGGCUGUGGCACAGAGUCUUGACCGGUUGCCAGAUGAAGAGAAAGCCUACCGUGGUCUUGGGAAUGGCCACAGAGCGAUGGGUAAUCUGCAGCAGGCUCUGGUGUGUUUGGAGAAGCGCUUGGUCACUGCCCAUGAGCUUGGGGGCUGUGGAGGAAAAGCAGCAGCCUACGGUGAGCUCGGCGCCCUGCAUAACCAGCUGGGCAACCACGAACAGGCCCUCUCCUGCCUGGAGCGGCAGCUAGCCAUUGCCCAGGACACCUCUGACCACACUCUGGAAGCAGAUGCCAACUCUGGCCUGGGCAAUGUCUACCAGGCUAUGGGUGAGCUGGACCGAGCUCUUCAGUGCCAUCAGCGAGACCUGGAAUUAGCUGAGGUGAUGGGCAGUUCUGUGCGCCAGGCCCGUGCAUAUGGCAACCUGGGGUUGACGUAUGAGUUGCUAGGCAAUCAUGAGAGGGCUGUAGUGUUCCAGGAGCAGCACCUGAGUGUGGCAGCACAAACAAAUGAUCUGGUAGCCAAAACACUGGCCUACGGAAGCCUGGGGAGGACACACCAUGCACUGCAGAAUUACUCACAAGCCGUUAUGUAUCUGCAAGAAGGACUAAGACUGGCAGAGCAGUUGGCGAAGCGUGAGGACGAAGCUAAGAUCCGCCAUCGUCUGGGUCUGUCUCUCUGGGCUAGUGGAAGCCUGGACCAGGCUCAGCACCAGCUCUACCGUGCAUCUGUGCUUUUUGAAACAUUACGGCAUGAGGCACAGCACAGCUCCGACUACAAACUUUCCCUCUUCGACCUGCAGACUUCAUCAUAUGAGGCUCUCCAGAGAGUCCUCGUCAGCCUGGGUCGUUAUGAUGAGGCACUUGCAGUAGCAGAGCGAGGUCGCACUCGUGCAUUUGCAGACCUGCUGGUGGAGAGGCAGACAGGGCAGUAUGACACUGAUCCAUACAACCCUGUCACAGUGGAGCACAUCCUGGAUGCAGUUAAUAAGCAAAGAGCCUUCAUCCUCUACUUCUCAAUGGCUGCUGGCUACCUAUACAGCUGGCUUCUCGCCCCAGGAGCAGGGAUUGUGAAGUUCCAUGAGGUGUUCCUAGGAGAGGGCAUGUCAGAAGGAGAUCCAGAGUUCCAAGAGGGUGGAGGUAUAUCUUGUGGAGUCUCCUCUUUGGAGCAGUACAUCUGCAGUGCUCGUGAGGCUCUGGGAGUGGAGUCCUGCUGCAGCAGAGGGUGCUCGGACAGUGACACAGCAAGCCAAGCAGGAGAUCUGCUUAAUCAACAGUUUGAGGAGCUCAGUAUCAAAACCUCUGGCUUUCUGCGCAUGGUGUCUAGAAACAACCAACUCAACAGGAGUUGUCCAAGUAUGACCAGUCUUUACAGUAACCCUAUGUCUCCAGUCAAAGAUGACCAUACCACGCCCCAUCUUGCCAGCAGUGCCUCAAAUAAACCUCCACUGCGGACCCUGUAUGACCUCCUCAUUGGACCCAUGGAGGGGGGUCUGAUGCACUCCACUGGGCCAGUGGGCAGACACAGACAGCUGGUUCUGGUUCUGGAAGGAGACUUAUAUCUCAUCCCCUUUGCCCUUCUGAAAGGGAGCUCUUCUAAUGAGUACCUGUAUGAGCGUUUCAGCCUCCUCGCCGUGCCCUCCCUUCACAGCUUGGCCGCUGGUACCAAGGCUACAUCCCGGCAUGCUGCUACCCCACCCUGCGGCGCCCUGGGCAUGGCAGCUGUGGUGGGCAACCCUCUCCUUCCGCCCGCUGCCAUGGACCGCUGGCUGUGGGGCCCCAUGCCCUCAGCCGAAGAGGAAGCCUGCAUGGUGGCCGGCCUGCUGGGCUGUCAGCCCCUCACGGGACCGGCUGCCACCAAGGAGCAUGUGGUCAGUGCUCUCAGUCAGGCCGAGUGUGCCCACUUUGCCACGCACAUCUCCUGGAGACUGGCAGCCUUGGUGCUGGCACCCAGCCACCACGAUGGGAGUGCAGGAGAUGGAGGAAGAGGAGCAGGAGGAAGCAAGGGUUCGUUUGGAAGCAACUGCGUGGUUCCCGAUGAUGGGAGUGAUGUGGAGAGCGUGUGCGACACGCCACCGCUGCAGGAGAUGCUGCUAUCAGCAGCGGACAUUUUGGGUUUGAGGCUGCCAGUUAAACUGGUGGUGCUGGGCUCCCACCAAGAGUCGAGCAGUAGGGUGACAGCUGAUGGUGUGGUGGGUCUGACACGGGCCUUCCUGGCUGCGGGUGUCCAGUGUGUGCUGGUCUCCUUGUGGCCCGUACCUGGAGCUGCAUCCAAAGUAUUUAUUCAUACCUUCUACUUGGCUUUGCUCAAUGGAGCCAAAGCCAGUGUGGCUCUCACUGAAGCCAUGAAGAGUGUUCAAGGAAGUCAGCAGUACUCCCAUCCUUCUAACUGGGCAGGCUUCAUGUUGAUUGGGAGUGAUGUGAAACUGAACAGCCCCUCGUCCCUGAUUGGCCAGGCUCUCUCUGAAAUUCUCCAGAAUCCAGACAAGGCCAGAGAUGCCCUGAGGGUCCUACUGCACCUGGUAGAGAAGUCUCUUCAACGCAUUCAGAGUGGCCAGCGCAACUCCAUGUACACAUCCCAGCAGAGUGUGGAGAAUAAGGUGGGGGGGGUUCCGGGGUGGCAGGCCCUGCUGACUGCCGUGGGCUUCCGGCUGGACCUGGCUGGCACGGGUGUCCCUGCUGCCGUCUUCUUCCCCAUGAGCGACCCAGGCGACCGGCUACAGCAGUGCAGCUCCACUCUGCAGUCACUACUAGGUCUUCCACCUGCAGCUCUGCAAGCACUCUGCAAAGUAGUUAUUGCUUCUGAGGCAGGAGAGCAGCUUAUUAAUAAGGCUGUAAAGAACAUUGUUGGAAUGCUCCAUCAAGUCCUGCUUCAGCUGCAGGCAGGGGAGAAGGAGCAGGAUUUUUCCUUGUUCCCCAUCCAGGUGUCUGUAAGUGUCCAGCUAUGGCGACUGCCAGGAUGCCAUGAGUUUCUUGCCGCACUGGGAUUUGAUCUAUGUGAAGUGGGACAGGAAGACGUUGUUCUGAAGACAGGAAAGCAGGCGAGCCGCCGCACCGUGCACUUUGCCCUCCAGUCUCUAAUGGCAGUCUUUGACUCAACAGAACUUCCCAAGCGUCUGAGCCUGGACAGCUCAUCUUCCCUAGAGUCACUCGCCUCAGCUCAGUCUGUCUCCAAUCCUCUGCCUCUUGGCUGUCCAAACAUGCCCUUCUCUACCCACUGUCCUGACAGCUUGGCUUUAGAUGCCAUAUCUGUGUACAGCUUAAGCUCUGUUGCUUCUUCUAUGAGCUUUGUGUCUAAGUCUGAAAGUGACUUUCUGGGCCAAAGACGUGGUGGUGGUUUGACUUCCUCCCUCUCUACUAAUAAACAACCACACAGUGUUUGGCGUAGUCGAUCCUCACCUCAUGCUGCAAUGACAGGCAGCAUGAUGGUACGAGGAGAUGAGGAGGAAUACGAGGGCUUCUCCAUUAUUAGCAAUGAGCCAUUGAGUGGCCAUUGUGACUCGCUACCUCUGCCCCGGGGUCAUGGUCAGAGACGCCGCCUCUGUCACGGUGGGAGGAAUGGGAUUGGUGGCUAUGUCUCAAACUCAAGUACAGGACAAGAGUACAAUGUGUCCAUCUCUUCAAAAGGAAGUGUCAGCACUCCCACCUCUCCACUCAAGGCAAACUUGAUUCCCAGUCCAAACUCCUCUUUCCAGAAGGUUGGGAAAGUGAGCAGUUCAGAUACAGGUGAAUCUGACCAGUCGAGCACCGAGACUGACAGCACAGUCAAGUCCCAGGAACAGAAACCUGUAUUGGCAUCUCUGGAUCCUCAGGAACUUGCUAAGAAGAUUUUGGAGGAGACCCAGAGCCACCUCAAGGCUAUGGGAGGCUUACAGAGAGGAGUAGCCGAGGGCAUGGCCGCACCGGUCUCUACAUCCCCCCUGAGCAGAUGCUCAGCAUUUCAUUCUUCUGAGACUAGUGCAUUUAGCCGACCAGGAAGCAGCACCAGCACUCGAGACUCAUCCACCUGUCCCAAACCCCCUUCACGUUCCUCAUCCCUCCAGAAGAUCAGCUCUGGCUACAGUAGCCCUGCCACAUCAGAUACCUCUAUGAAAGAGGGUGGACACCCCUCACCUACACUGGACAGUGUUGCGCAGUUCAAGUUGAAGUACCCUCUUUAUAGUGGUCACAUACCUUGCUCUCCAAGUAAUGUGUCCCCAAAUUCAGGCCACCAGUCCCCGGCUGCCAGCACUCCAUCCCCAGCCCUUUCCUAUUCCUCCACUGGCUCCACUGGGUCAGGCCCAACAGAUGCUGUUGAACUUGAUCGCUUGAGCAGGGUUGUUAUUGAUGAGAAAUUUCAAACGGUGCAUAGUCAUAAGACAUUCUGGUCUAACACAGCGACCCAGCACCAACAACACACUGGUCCAGUAAAAAGACUUCGAGGUCCAGUAAUGUCAACUAAGAAAGAUGUGCUUGGCCUGCUUAACCUCUCACCACGUCACUGCUUGCCUGGAGAUGGCCGAGAUGUGGAGCUUUUGAAGGUGGGCCAUCAAUCUCUGGAAAGAGGGCCAUGUAGUGGACAUAAUGAUUCUAAAGCUCAGAAAGCUACACCAUCACCCUCCAUUUCCACACAAAGCAGCCCGGGUGGUCGGUCCUUACACUUACCCACUGGUAAUGGUUACAAGUUCCUUCCAUCUGGCAGGUUCUUCCCUUCAUCGAAAUGUUGAUGCUUUUGUGGGAAUCUUUUACACAACCUUUUCAUGACUGCUUGCAUGCGACUCCUGUAGGAUGCUUUCUGACACUCUUGAGUUUGAAAAAAAUUCAUGCUCUUGUGAACCAAACAAACCUGUAACCUGUCUGGGGACUUUGAAAUAUAAUUAAUAUAUUUGGUGCUUCUGCCCUCAGCCACCACUGUGUAUUUGAGACAGAAGACCUUAUACUGUGCAUAUAAGUCAGGACCACUUAAUUUUUGUGAGGGCCAAACAGAACUCACUUUUAUUCUAUUUGAUUUUUACAUAAUAUAUUUGUAUUGUUUAUUAUGAUUGUUAUUGAUUGUUAUCGUUAUUAUGUUUUGUAAUUUAAAUCAAAUGUUUGUCAGUAUUACACCUUUUUAUAAUUAAAAAAAGAUGAAAUCUUGUGAAAAUGGAGAAUGGGAACUGUAUUUCAUAUUUUUCUUGAAAUUGCAGACAUUGAACCUCAUCUCUUUGUUAAAUGAGUAUCUCGUCUAAAGCAUGGUUUCUCUUCAUAUUCAUUGUUAAGCACCAAUUAUGACUUUCUAGCCUAACUUUUUGAAUAGACAUUACUACUUAAGACUUUGUCAUUUACCAGGAACUGUUUUAAUUAAA